GGCAGCUUCUACGCGUCCUCGCACACAAUGCUGACCCUGGACGAGGCCAUGCAGGUCGAUUUCGACGGCGCGCUGCCGGACAUGGACGUCGGCUUCGGUUUUGACUUCGAUCUCGAUCUCGAUCUCGAUUUCGAUACGACGACGUCUGUUGCUGGUGGCGGCUUCGAUUUUGAUACGGUGGAGUACGGUGCUGCUGCUGCUGCUGCUGGUGGCACUGGCACGUCGCCGGCGGCGGUGGACGCGUCGACGCACGCUGGCAGCGGCGUCGACGGCGAGGAGGAGGAGGAGGAGGAGGAGCGGCUCCGGCGGCUGAAGCGGAAGAUAUCGAACCGGGAGUCGGCGCGGCGGUCGCGCGCGCGGAGGCGGCAGCGCGCGGAGGAGCUCGAGCGCGCCGCGGAGGCGCUCCGGGCACAGGGGCGCGCGCUGGCGGCGAGGCGGGACGCCGCGGCGGCGCGCGCGCUGGCCGUGCGGCUCGACAACGCGCGGCUCGGCGCGGAGGCCGGCGCGCUGCGGCGCCGGCUCGGCGAGGCGCAGGGGCAGGCCGUCCUGCUGCUCGCGCUGGCUCGCGCCCGCCUGGCCGCGGCGCGGGGCGCGGUAGGCGUCGCGCCGCCGCAGCUCGCCGGCGGCAGCGCGGCGGGGAUGAUGACGUCGUGACGCCGGACCGGAGACACCGAAGGAGUUUCUGAUUUUGGAUUUGUGUAGAGGACAGAGCAUGGAUGAUCGUGUCCUGUCUUGUAUAGUGCGGCGCCUGCAGCGUUCGUUGUGCUACCUGUGUUUUGAGGGUGUCACUGUCAUCUACCUCUACCUAUGGUGCUCUGCUCGCAUAAGAAAAUUGUUUUUUUUUUCAGUUCUUCAAACAACU